UUUGUGACAUGUCUGCAGGAGGGCUCGGUGAUGUGUGUGUGUGUGUGUGUGAAAGUGCGCAGUACAGCCUGUCACUGUAUGAAUGCGCGACACAGCGAGCGAUAAGCAGAUGUCGGCUAUAGGGAGGGCAGACGGACGGUAUUAACGGUGUUAACGGUGUUAACCGGAAAGCGCGCGUCGCAGUCAGAAAAAUAAUGUGAUCAGACCUGAACGCAGAGCUCGGACACCCUCCAGAAGACAUGACGCUGAAAAAAAGAAGAACUGUGGAUGUCAGGUCAUGCCUGUGGAAAUCCAGCUUUAUGUGAAUAGAUUUCUGCGCGCCCGAGAUCAUUAACGGGGAAAUAAAGCCGCGCGCGCUCAUUAGGAUUAAGCAACGAGCAUGUGUGAGAGUGUGUGAGUGAGCAGGAGCUUCGCACUGAAAUGUGACACUGCAUUCAGCAAACUCUCUUUCACUGGUGUAAUGAUGACCAUAAUAAUGACUGGCAUGGGUUAUGUUACUGUGUUUAUUCGGUAAAUGAACAUGGCGUUAAAAAUAAUCAUAUUAUUAUGAUGCCAUGAUGUAAAUUUAUGCGUAUUGCAAAACAUCAUUUUAGCCUUAAUGUAAAACAUCAACAUAAUGACACCGUAGGCUACUUUAGGAAUAUAUAUAUAUUCACACACACGUACAGUAUUUACAUAUCACACACGGGUUUUUAGACUUUUGUGUGUGCACAAGGUCGAGGAUGCCGGAUUGCGUCAGUGUCGGUGGACGUUACUGCAGGUGCGGUGUGAUGGCGCAAGUGCACGGACCUGAUCAGCGCUUAUAACUGUAAUCACGGGACACCGGAGAUGGAGGCAGCGGCCGCGUGCCACUCCGCCGAGCUGCCUGUGCUAAAGCCGGACUCGAAAGCGACCGAGCGGAAAGAGAGCCGCGGUGACACGGAACCUGCCGCAGCGCGAGGAGGGGCGAGCGAGCCGAGCGCGAGCCUCCAACAGCAACCGGCGGAUUGCCGGAGUUCAGCCAGGCGCAGGUUCAUCCGCACCAACCUGUGGUUCUCGGAGUCGGAGGAUCACGGCUUGGAGACGCCGGAAUGCGGCGACAGCAUCAGCAUCGGGAUCAACCGCCCCGUCGGGAACGCGCGCAGAAAUCGGUACCGAAAGAGCUCGAGCGCGGGGAGUCCGGUGCGCGUCAAACACUGCACCGACGCACCGGGACAGAAAAGCGAGGCCGAGCAAAAGCAAGACCCCGCCGCCGCGAGCGCUGCCGGGAAAGACGAGCACGCGCACGCGGAGGAGGAGGAGGAUGAAGAAGAGGAAGCCGGGAUGACGGCAGUGAGCACCUCUCCCAGCGGCCGCUUCCUCAAGUUCGACGUGGAGCUCGGCAGAGGCUCGUUUAAGACCGUGUACAAGGGCCUGGACACCGAGACAUGGGUGGAGGUGGCGUGGUGUGAACUUCAGGACCGUAAGCUGUCUAAAGUGGACCGUCAGAGGUUCAAGGAGGAGGCGGAAAUGCUGAAGGGUCUCCAGCACCCCAACAUCGUCCGCUUCUAUGACUUUUGGGAGUCUCCUGUCAAAGGAAAGAAGUGCAUCGUCUUGGUUACUGAACUAAUGACGUCAGGCACGUUAAAAACGUACUUGAAGCGCUUCAAGGUGAUGAAGCCGAAGGUGCUGCGUAGUUGGUGCAGGCAGAUUCUCAAGGGUCUUCACUUUCUGCACACACGCACACCUCCCAUCAUCCACCGAGACCUGAAGUGCGACAACAUCUUCAUCACAGGCCCCACAGGCUCAGUUAAGAUCGGGGACCUGGGCCUGGCUACACUCAAGAGGGCCUCCUUCGCCACAAGCGUCAUUGGCACUCCCGAGUUCAUGGCUCCCGAGAUGUACGAAGAGCACUACGAUGAGGCUGUAGAUGUCUAUGCGUUUGGCAUGUGCAUGCUGGAGAUGGCCACAUCCGAGUAUCCAUACUCCGAGUGCCAGAACGCUGCUCAGAUCUACCGCAAAGUCACCAGUGGUGUCAAGCCAGCCAGUUACACUAAGGUCACCGUCCCCGAGAUUAAGGAGAUCAUAGGGGAGUGUAUCCGCUAUCACUGGGAGGAGAGAUACUCCAUUAAGGAUCUGCUGAAUCAUGCGUUCUUUGCAGAGGACACGGGCGUCAGGGUAGAACUUGCUGAGGAAGACGAUGGCAUAAAAACAUCAAUUGCACUCAGGCUUUGGGUGGAGGACCAGAAGAAAUUGAAAGGGAAGUACAAGGACAGCGGUGCAAUCGAGUUCACCUUUGACCUCAACAAAGAGGUGCCAGAGGCAGUUGCACAAGAAAUGGUUGAUUCUGGUUUUUUCCUGGAGAGUGACAUGAAGAUUGUUGGGAAGUCAAUCCGGGACCGCGUGGCUCUCAUAAAAUGGCGUAGGGAGCGGACCAUCUCCAGGGGCAAGGGCGAGACUGAAAAGAAGGUCACUGAGGACCAUGCACAGAAUGUGCCUCAGGAUCCCUCAUCUAAGUUGGCACAGAGUGCCAUGCCCAAUGCUCAGACAGAGCCUGGGGAUCAUGACACAGACAGCAUUGUCGGCCCUACAGCAAUUUUGGAUGGUUUGAAUAACCAGCACAGCAUAAUUUACCAGUCAUUGUCAGAGUCCAUCACCACAUCCCAGAAAGUCCUCAGUCCACCAGCACAGCUCCUUUCUCAGUUACAUCAUGUGACCCAACCACAACUAACAACUCAGCUUCAUCAGGAGGCCCAAAACCAGAUCACUGUUCAGCUGCACACAGGAGCACAACAAUUACCUGUGGCCCAGUAUAAGCAAGAGAUCAUACAACAACUUGUGGAUCCACAGGAUCCCACUGUCCAGCUGCAUCAAGUGGCCCAGCAACAGCCCAUUGCCCAGUUACAUCAAGAGGCCCAGCAGCAACCUGCUAUACAUCUCCACCAUGGAGCACAGCAACAGCAACCUGCUGCCCAGUUACUCCAGGGGAUCCAGCCACAAGGUAUGCAGCAAAACCCCACUGUACAGCAUCACGUGGCCCAUCAGCAACCUUCAGCACAGCGCCAACAGGAGGUCCAACAAAAACCUGUAGCACAGCUAUAUCAUGGAACUUACCAGCAAUCCACUACUUCGAUACAUCAAGGAGCCUUUCUGCAGCCCUCUGUACAGCUCAGCCAGAGUCUUUACCAGCAGACUCCUCCACCCACUGGUAAAUUGGUUCAGCCUCAGACUAUAUCAGCUCCAGCGACCCCAGCGUCAACUGCACCACAAGGACAGGAGUUUCACCUCUAUCUCCAUCCUGCAGCUUUCCUGUCCCAGACAUUAGCAAAUCUGCAGCCAGUUGUGGAGUCAACUUCUGAAGGACAGACAUAUCCUCAGCAUCUGCAUCAACCAGCUUCUGCUAUGCUCAGCACUGCACCGCCUUCUCAACCGCAGCAGACUGUUCAUGCUACACCCCUACUGCAGCCUCUUCAGAUUUCCACUCAAUUCUCUUCACCAUACUCCAUUAUGUCAACAGUGGGCACUCCUGCCAGAAGUGAGGCAGUAACAUUUUCCCCCCUGCCAUACAGCACCCCCUACCCCAGUAGCGCUCCUCCAGUACCUCCAUCCUACUACUCUCCCAGUCCGGUUCAUGUCCCACUACCUCUUGCAGCCGCACAGAACAUUCCCUCCAUACCUGGAGCAGGUACACCCCAAACCCCUGUAUCCGCUCCUCUGGGACCAAUCCUGGGCAUAGCCCUUUCUCCAUCCCUCAUACCACCACAACAGCAGGUGUACCCUUCUGCUCUUCCACCAGAGGGCACUCUCCUUCAACCCCAACCCACCCAGUCAGCUCUGCCCCUUUCUCAUACAUUGCUGCAGCCACAGUCCUCCUUUCCUCCGCAAGAGCCCUGUAUCUCUGCACCACCUGCACAGGAUGAAACUCUGGUACAUGCACAUGCAGACCCAACUCACAUCAAGUCUCCUCCACACAGAGAGGAAUCGGAGCAAGAAUUUACUGCAGCCACUUAUGGUGAAAGUUGCACUGAACCAAGCAAUACUCAGCAGAUCCAGGAGACAGCAUCUGCAUUCAUUCCUGACCCAAGCCAUGAGGAGCCAGCACCCAUGCCGCUCCCCAUCUAUACAUGUGACAGUUUGAAUUCAGAUGCAGCUUCGGGUAAAGAGAUGAGUGAUAGUUAUGAUGGCACCAUUAGUGGAGGGAAAGGUGAAGGGAAACCCCGAAAACACCAUCGCAAGUCUGCACGCACUCGCUCGCGGCAGGAGAAGACCAGCAAACCCAAACUCAGCAUACUCAAUGUUUGCGAUACAGGUGAUAAAAUGGUCGAAUGCCAGCUGGAAACCCAUAACCACAAAAUGGUGACAUUCAAAUUCGAUCUGGAUGGAGACGCACCAGAGGAAAUAGCAACUUACAUGGUGGAGAACGGCUUCAUUCUGCACAUAGAGAAGGAGGUCUUCAUUGAUCAGCUGAAAGACAUUGUGGACAAGGCUGAGGACAUGCUGAGUGAAGAGGCAGAGGGGGAGAGACCGGGUGCCCUGAGGGAUACUCCGCUUCAAGGUAGCUCCCCUGGAGGAAUAGGGGAUGAGAAUCUGAGAGGACAGAAGGAUGGCAAUCCUCAGCCUGUCUAUCAGCAGAAUGUGCUUCAUACUGGUAAGAGAUGGUUCAUUAUCUGCCCUGUGGAUGAGCCGAGUGUCAGUCAGGACUUGUCCUCAGAGGGAGCUACAGUUACACCCAAUACAAGUGGACUGAGUGAUGGCACUGCGCCGAGUCAGGCUGCUGACAGCAGCACGGCACAGCCACUGGAGCACUGCACUGCACCUGCUUCUACAGAUUCAACAGGUUAUGCCACAGCUCCUCCAUCUGGUGGCAGUGAUACUCAUGGUUUCAGCCCACAGUCUCUGACCACCAUAGACCCGUUAUCUUUGGUUCCACUCUCCGCCACCCUGCCAGCGCAGUCUGUCAGUGGCCCGAUUACAUCAAUCCCUGCUGCCCAGCAGGUGGUGGAUCUGGCCUGUGCCGCAUCCAGGGCCGAAGACGUGCCCUGCUGCCCGCUAGUCAUGCCGUUAGCACCGGACGCAGGCGUGGGUGCUCAGCGCUCUUCACCAGUGACCCCUCCCCUCAUGCAGGACUCUCACGGCAUUGUGCUGCAGCAGCCGUUUUCAUCUGUGGGUGGUGCCAAGCCCCCUUCUCUGCCCCAGAGCCCUGCCACCUCGCAGCACCAUCACGCCCCCAACGAAUCGGACGGGGAAGGUCGGGCCCGGGUGGGGUUUGUAGACAGCACCAUCAAGACGUUGGAUGAGAAGUUGAGAAAUCUACUGUAUCAGGAGUAUGUGCCCAUGUACCCAUCAGGCUGUGCAGCGGAGACUCCAGGCUCAGGGACGGAGUAUGUCCAGUCUCCACCUGGACCAGAGAGUGCAGCAGGGGGGUCGGGGAACAGCACACCCCAAAUCAUCGGAGACGGACGCAUCAGAGCUGGGGAGCAACUGCCACAGAUUCCGGAGCGAGUAGACAGUCUGAGCACGCUCAGUGACUCUGCCGUUGCUGUUACAGUGUCGAAGAAACCGAUAAUGCCUCACUCCACAUCCUGCUCAAGCUCCAGGAGUCGCUAUAAGAUGACAACCGGUGCUCCUGACUUCCUUUCCGGGACACAGAGGAAGCAGAGGAGUUGGAGCAGCACGGCUUCUCCAGCACACCCUGGUGUCCUUUAUGGGGAGCGCAGCGUUUACACUGAACCGAAUACGACCUUUAGUGCAGAGGACAACGAUGCCACACGCAGGAAACACAGCAGCAGGAAUUCAGCUCCACCUGAUUUCUACCUGGACCCUCUGUCCUCCCUCAACGAGCAUGGCUCCCUGCCACGAGUGCGUACUUCCGUCUCAGCAGAUGUCCACGCUCGCUUCAUGUCUUCUGACUCUGGGGCAGAGAGCAGCCCAGCCAAAAUGGUGCCUCCUACACCAUCUCGCUCAGAGAGGAGAGGAAGUGACCUCAUGAGGAGGGCGGUGGCCUUCCUGAGGCGUUCGGGCCGCAGCAGUAGUGUACAGAGCUCUGAUUCACCCAGCAGACACGGUGGGACAUAUGGCUCAUACAUGAGCAGUGAUAAUGACUCUGAGAUGGAGGACCUGGACAUUAAAAAUGAGCUGCAGAGACUGAGGGAGAAACAUAUGAAGGAGAUUUCAGAGCUGCAGGCUCACCAGCGUGGUGAAAUCGAGCUGCUGUAUCGACGGCUCGGUAAAGCACCCCCUCCUGGCGUCAGCCUCACGUCAACAGUGCCCCCUGCUGGACGCAGACGCAGAGCCAGCAAGCACAAACUCAGGGCAAGCAAACUGCUCAGCCCUCUUGUCCAGCAGAUAAGAAGCGUCACCAAAACAAGCGACAGCAGCAAACCUGCUGAGCCUGCUGUGAGUGUGAAUGGCUCUCCAGCCAGAGCCUCAGAGGGAUGUGCUAGCCGGUCUCGCUCAGGGACCGACACUUUGCCCAGCUCUGUAUCAGAGCCGGUCCAGACGCAGCAGCCCUGCUCCCUCAAGGCCUCAAUGUCAUCUGAUAAUGUCUGUUCUGGACUGCAGGGAGAGGGAGCGGGAGUGUACAGCCACCCAGGACAGGGCUGGUCUCCUUAUCUCCCAGCGGCUGAAAGGGUCACCUACAAAUCCAGCAGUAAACCACGUGCUAGAUUCCUGAGUGGGCCUGUUUCUCUCACCAUCUGGUCGACGCUGAAACGGCUCUGCCUGGGUAAAGACCGCGGAAACAGGCCUGCAGGCCCUCCUGGGGCGUCUAAUCAUCCCCAGGUGCCCCCAGGUUCGACUCCCUCACCACGCCACCCACCAGUGGGGCUAGCUCAGGCACAAAGCAACAACAGCAACAACAACAAUGACCUGUGCUCUGAGGAGCUGCAGAGUCUGGUGGGGACGUGGAGCCCCAAACAGUCUUGUUUGUUCACUCACUCCUUCAGCCUGAGAGGACAGCGGGCCACCAGAGCUAGAACCAGGAGUGCUGAAGGGGUGCUUCCAGGCUCAGCAGCAGUAACAUCAGCCUCACUGCUUUCUCUGUCAUGGCCCAGGAUUAAUUCCCACACCUCCUCUGAGAUGACUGAGCCCUUGCUCACCCUCCAGGAUGGGUUGCUGGGGCACGACAACCAUUUUGGAGAAUUUCUAGAUACUCCAGCAUACAUUACUCAAUGGCCUGCACUGAACACGGCUCUUCAUCAGGGAGGGUUUAUGUUCUCCACUGUGGCUUCAUCCUGGACCAGACGGUCAUCUCCACCUGAGCCCCUCAGAUCCCAAAACAGGACUCCGACGCCCAUGUCUCCCAUGUUGUAGCAUCAGCUUAAUUUCUCUACAGUAUCAUUAGAGUAUGGUAGCUUGUACAACUUUAUCAGUAUCUCUUAAAGGCAUGCACAGUGUUACUUAUAUAUUUUCCAGCCCAAAUGAUGUAAAUAUCCAUGCUGAUGACACAUCUAUGAAUAUUUGCCAGAUAGUUGAGUAUGAUUUAUGUACAGUGUAUUUUUACAGCAACUUUUGCGCAUAAAAUCUCACCCUUAAUAUUGAACUAUAAACAGAGAUACUCCUGUACACUUACACUCUCACAUGCCUGUACAAUACAUAGACACUGUAUAUAAGCACAUUGAAAUGUAGCCUUGCAGCCCUCUUUAAAGAAUUCAAAGACAGCAUAUACUGUAUACUGUGUGUAUAUAUACAUAUAUAUAUACACACACACAUACAUACAUACAUGCUCAUUAAAAUUUAUCACAUUCACUGCAUCACUGUGACACCUUGAGCCGGUCCUGCAGUAAUUAGUGCUUCAUACCAAGGAUUCAGAACUAAGACAAAUAGCUAUAUUUGUUAGAAAAGGCUUGUCAUUGGACUGAAGGAGACACCGAGAAAUUUUCGAACUGACUGAUAAUUUAAGGUGGAGAGUUUACAUGAGUGCCUUGAACAGCAGUUUCGGACCCACUGGGCUUACGGCAAUACCAAUUCAUGAAGAAAACUGGUGACGUUUCAGGAGUAUGUUGACAAAAGUUAAACUUUUUUUUUUCCAGAUACAAGCAUUGAGGGAAUAUAUGGGAAAUUAUGUUGUAAAAAUAAGUUAAAUGAUUAGCCUAAAAGUCUCAUUUUCAAGGCUUCUUAUCAUUUCAUUCGCAAGAAACUGGGAUGGAAUCAAGAAUGUUUUAGUCAGCAGCAGAGUCAUAGGAGAACGUGGAGCACCCAAGUACACCCAGUGGAUAUUUAAACACACAAACAGAGUGCGAGGUUUGCGGAAUGAUCAUGAUCUGUGGUCCUGUACCAUGUUACCUCUCACUCAAUGAGGUGAUGAGUUCACCUGGACUUAAAAGCUAAAGGAACAGGACGAGGAUGUAUGCAAAGUGCAUGUAAGGUGAUGUGUCUAUUCAAAGUGUAUAUUCAUUGAUAUGGGAGAGAGGUCAUGCCUAUCUCUGCACACUACUUCUAACAUGACACUGUGUUAUAGUAAAAGUAUGGACUGUGUGUGUGUGUGUGUCAUAUGCUAUGCCCACAUUAAUCCGGAUAGAUCUGAAAAAUGCAUUUUCGUUUUAAUACGCUCUCCAUCUACACUGGUGUUUUCAAACGUUUUCCAAAAAUUGCUCGUUCACUCUGAAACGCCUGAAAACGCUUACAGGCGUUUUCCUUCUAAUCCGCAUGCAUAAAAAUGUAAGAAGCUUUGGACUGCAUUUGUCCUUCAGGCUUUAAUUUACUUUCUGUCUCUUUGAAUUGAUGCCAAGGUUGUACAAAGUGACAUUAAUCUUUAACAACAGUAUCAAACUGGAUAGGGGGUACAAUAACUUCAGUACAACAUCGUCCACCAUCUUGUUUGUUUUGAGUAGCAUGGGUCACAUGACUGAAAAUACAUCAUUGUUUUCGAAUGCCUCGUCCACACUACAACACGAAAACGCCAUUUUCAAAUUUAUCCGUUUGGGAGAGCGUUUUCGGAAAAGCUCCAUUUUUUCUGGACAAAAACUCUCAGUCUCAGUGUGUGUGUGUGAGUGUGUGUGUGUGAGUGAAUAUGUGGCUAUUUUCUAAAUGCAAAAACUCAUCAAUGUAUUCAAAGUUCAGUCUUCACACCCUUCCCUUUUUCUAUCCAGUAAGAAUAAUGUAUAGAUGCCAUCAGCUUUGUGUAAGAACAUGCCUUACUCCACACAAUGACUCGAAAAAAACAGUUUACUUAAAUGUAUAAAUGUGUUGGUGUUCCAUAAUAUGAUAAUAUGAAAUAAGGAUUCUUCUUAGAAGUAAAUACAUGUAUACUUGUACAGUGUAUAGUUAUAAGGCUAUUAUUUUAACCAGCUUUUCCAUAUUUUCUGCUGUUGUACCUUAGCUAUGCAAAAAUGUCCACUAUAAUAAUGCAUUACUACCAUGAGAUUCUUCGCUUGUAUAUGCUUGCACUAAAAUCCUGCUGUGCUCAACAUGUCCUGUUCUUCCUGUGUUUGCAGACUAAGGCCAAGUCUGGACACUGUUCACAAGAGUAAAGAUAUUAAAUCUCUCAUGAUUACCUGUAAAAUGUUUUUUUUUGGGGAACAUAGUGUCCAUUUCUUAUUGAAUAAAUAGAGUGCAUAUGUGAA